AUAUCAGUAUACUAGACAGAUGGACGACAGAGCAGACGUGUUAGGUUUUUCUCCUCAACAGGAGAAAAUUUACAACAACUUUCUUCCCUAUGCCGACAAGAUCGAUGAAGAAUCCAUCGAUGCCUUUGUGGAAAUAAAAAGCAAUUUGACGAAAGCUGUAGCUUUACGAGAUGUCAAAACAGGAGCUAAUCAUUGGGUCGGGAUGCUCUCGAGGUAUAUCCGACUCUAUGGACUAAAGUUUGCUAAAGAAGACCACAUAGCAUUAAUCAAACUCAUGUAUGAGUUGAUUCUCAUACCAGACCUGGAGCUUUCACUUAUUCAAAUGUUUGCCAAUCAGUUGAUAAGUUUAUUGAAGAAGAGAAAACUACUAUCACGAGAAGACUUGUGUUUGCCCUGGCGCCCCCUCUACCAACUUGUAGAAGCUGUAGCUUAUUCUCCCUAUGAACCUCACGGCCUGCAGUUAUUUCCUCCUAAUGUUGAAAACGUCCUGAAGAACCUGAUCAAACACUGUCGGCAUUACUUUCCAUUGGAGGCUACAAAGGAAAUGCUAGAGGAAUGGCGACCUUUAAUGUGUCCAUUUGAUGUAACAAACAUAAAAGCCAUCCACUACUUUGAGUAUUUUCUUCCCACCAACCUCCCACCUCAUCAACAGGAACAUGGAUGGAAACUUUGGUUCACAGAGUUUAUGGAUAUAUGGAAUUCAUUCCAGAAUAAUCCAAAGUGGGAAUCGGGACUUGUAAAUCUGUUUUCUCGUCUUGCUAACGACAACAUUGGCUACAUCGACUGGAGCCCUUUUACUUGUCAGAUUUUCAAUCGGUUCCUUCGUAGUUUUAAUUUACCUGUAGGGACUCGCCUACAGAAGGUGGGCAGGUCUAAUAACACCUAUGAUGUGUUUUCCUCUGUUCAGUGGAUCAUCGCCAUGCUGGGAGGUAACUCUGGUGUACAAGAUUAUUUAGACAAGAUCUUCAAAACCCUACAGACAUUUUACCAUCCCUCCAAUCUUGGAAAAUGGAAUGUAAAACUUAGUGGUUUACUGAUGACAUUCCCCCGUCUCUUUGUGAAGAGGAUACACAGAGAGCGAUAUCAAAAGCCUUCUUGGGAAAACCAGGUUCCAGACUCCCACAAGUUGUCUGAAGAUGACAUCACCAGAUUUGUGGAGAGUAUGAAACCAGUUGUGUUUGUCUCUAUGUUUAGUAAAUAUGGCAGUCAUGACUCCGCCAUUGCUCUCCGACAUCUGUCCAACAUGAGGCCAGAGAUCAUCAUUCCAACCUUGUUAGAAAAGAUGUACCCCGCGAUGGAGAAUCUGAUUGAACCCCACCGUCUGAUCGCCUGUAUGACUUGUAUUGUGGCCGUGGCACGACCCAUGCUACAUAACAGGAAGUGGUACCCAGAGGGUCGCUCUCACUUACUGCCACUUCUCAAUCUCUCCCUUCCGGGAAUCGACCCUAAUGACUUCAAGAAAUGUCUUAUCACUUUCCAGAUGAUUUCCACUUUUGUUACUCUAGUCCCGAUAGUAGACUGUUCUGAGGCUGUGUUUGUUAAGGAUGAUUUGACAGAGGAAGAAAAGGAACUCUGCUCAGCAACUGCUCAAUUUGAAGACUUUGUUCUCCAGUUUUUUGACAGGGUGUUCACACUUAUUGAAAACAGUGCCCAGGAACACGUUCACAGUGAUGUCACACGCCUCAACCUAGAGCAAAGUAUGCUGGAGGUGGGCUUGGCAUCUACAGCUGUGUCAGUUCUUCAGCAGUGUUCUACGCCAAUUUUCAAGUCAGCCUUAGACAGAAUCCACCGAUUUGUGACUGGCAGUGUGUUUGAGAGCCGAGUUGGAGGCAGGUUUGCUGGCAACCUAUGUCGAGCUGUAGCCAAGGUGAACCCUGAAUUGACCCUGAAGAAAUUUCUGUCACAUCUGUGCUCUGAUGUUAAGAAUUUGCUAGAAAAUCAUGAAGAUCUCAAAAAUGAGGAACAACUGGAUGAUAGCUUUUUAUGGAAUUUAAUCAUGCUACCUCAGCUUGUGCGUUGUGAUGGAGCAGCACUCUUGCCAUACAAAGUGGAGCUACUGGAAAUAAUUCAGAUGACCCUUCACCUGAAAUGUAUCCAGGGCUAUGAGCUGGCUGGCCAGUUAUUACGUUAUCUACUCAGGGCUCUUACACUUAUCUAUCCUCUAGACUACAAAAGUUGUGCAGGAUCUCUUGAUAAACCAUUCUCAGAGUGGCUAGCUAUCAAUGAGUGGGCUAUGCCAGGUGACAUCCACAACUUACAGAUGAAAUGGCACGUACCAAAUGACGAGGAAAUGCAAUUUGCAUCUGAGAUUCUUCAUGCUAUUCUGGAACCAGAGCUUGAGGCCAUCAAGACUGUGUCAGCAGAUAAUCAAAUGAACAGAGAGGAAUUGCUGCGUAGACUGAAUGCAAUCCUGGAAUGUUUACUCGGAGCUGGUUGUGUUCUACCCAUGUGGGAGGAUGCUGUCGUAAAUAUAGUGGACAGCUGUGUAUCCCUACGCCGACAGCAUUGUCAGUCAACAGGCCAACACUCCUGUAUAACAUUGAAUGGCAGAAAUGUACGAGAAACUGUGGUAGAUGCUGUCCGCCCUCUCCUGUCUCAUAUGCUGGCUACAUGUGAAGAUGAUACCAAGAGCUUGUUCAAGUUGAUACAGAUAUAUGAAACUGUAAUGUUCUUCAAUGGAACUCAGAAGAAUGACUUUGAUAAAAGAUGGAAAAGUUUUCACUCAGUGAAGCAAGCACUUGAGGAUCAGAUGAGGACUAAGAAACGCCAUAUACGAGCAAUACUUGUAGAUCGAGUACAACUGCAGCAGGAGCUUCGAAUGUUGAAUGGCUGUAGACGGCUUUUCACUGAGAGACAUAAGACCAUGCUGUUGGAUCUCCUGAGCUUGUCUGUGAGCCGAUACAGUGAUGUGAGAAAGACGGCCCAAGGUGUGCUAUUCCUAGGAUUCCAUAAUCUUCAUUACUCCUACCGCUGUACAGUUCCAGUCAUAGUCCAAAACCUAAAGGACAGCAACACUCCAGAGCAUGUGUUCAAAGGGACGCUGUAUACUCUGCUUGGAUCUGGCAAGAAGAACAUAGCGAUGAAGUGUAACUGGGCAGUACUUGGGGAGGUAUGGACUGCCAUCACACAGGCACAACAUUCUGAGAAACCUUCCAUCCUUAAGGUGAUUGACGAGAUCAUCAACAAAGUCGUCAAGAACAUGGAAAGUGUUUCCAUAGUAGUCAAAACAAGGCCCUCAGCAAUAGAGGCAGCAAAAGCCCUGCUGGACACCGGGACACGUCACGCUUCCUUCCCAGUCCUGACGGAUCAGGAUUUAGAGGCUGCUAGAAUUCGAGAGGAGAAAACAAGCAACAAGGACAAAGCAUUGUACCACAAGUUGGUAGCUGAUCUUGUUGAUCUGAUUGAAAAUGGAAACUUGAUGUGGAAAUUCUCUCAGAUCGGUAUGGAACUGUUGUGCCUGUUGUUGCGUCAUGAUAUCCUAACACCUGCCUGUGCUGUCAGACUUUACACUAAAGGCAUGAUACAUGAUUCUCUCUAUGUGAGAAAGCUGUCACUUAGCUCGAUUUCUGCAGUCCUGAAACAGCAGAAGAGAAGGCACAAGUCAAGAAUAUUUGACCCAUUCAAAGUCUCAGGUACAACGGCGCCCUCUGAUGGCGACUUCCGGCCAGGAAAUCGCAAUGAUAACCUUUGGAUAUGUUAUGAUAACGAAAAACUACCUCUGACAAAAGAACAAUGGGACAGCUGCACAUUUGUGGAGAAAACACACUGGGGAUACUAUAACUGGCCAAAAGAGAUGAAGACGUACGCUCCUACCUCAGAACAGCCAAAGUUAGAGCGGAAGUUAGAGGAACUACGUGAAGAGGAAGUUCCACUGUAUGAGAACUUGAUAAAUCCUGAAUUUGUGGAUAAGUUUGUGGAAUUCCUUGCAUUGGAGGAACAUAAAAGGAAAGACAAAUUUCGAACAAAGACCAUGACUUUAUUUAAGGGCUUACAUCGUAACUUUGGUGACACUUUCCUUGAGCUGUUGAAGCCACAUAUAGAACGUCUUAUCAAUGACACAAGUCACGACACUCAUGACAGUAGUCAGAGGUGUGCCAUGGAGAUGUUGUCAGGGAUCUUACGCGGGUCAAAACACUGGUCCUAUGAAAAGGUGGAAUCCUUGUGGAAGUGGACAACACCUCUCCUGAAAAAGGCACUGAACAACAUGACAGUGGAAACGUUGGAUGACUGGGGCACAUUCUUUACUGUCAUAUCGGAAAGCCGGGAUCCAAGAAAACUACAUUGGUAUUUUGAACUAGUCAUGGAAAAUCCUCUGAGUGGAGAAGGAGGCUCCUUCGGAGAUUCUAGUCGGCUGUAUGGAAUACAGAGUGCUCUGAGCCAGCAGGAGUGGAGGGUGUCAAAACUAUUACACAGACUUCUGGACUACCUCAUGCCUCAUCUCUCUCAUCCGUACAAAAAUGUACGGGACAGAAUUGGAAGUAUCCUGUCAAGUAUAUUCUUGUACGACUACUGUAUGAGUCCUACAAGUGUGACAUUGUCACCGAAGCGUGAAGAUUUUAUGAAAGUUGUCUUGCCACAAAUUGACGGGCUGAAACACAUUGUGCUGGAUGAGGCAGCUACAGAGAGCAUCAAGAAUGGAGGUGGAGCUAACCAUGUCCUGGGGAAAGGAGAGGAAUUAAUGGAGGUAGAGGAAAGUGAAGAGGAUGAGGAGAGGAAAGCCUCUGUGAGGCUGUGUAAAUCUGUGAUGAAGUGGGUACUGAAUAGCCUAAGUUUACUGAUGAACUUCACAUCAGCACCGCCAGAGUUCUUUCAACUUUUACCAAUUAUGUGUACCCUGGAGAGUGAGACUCGUGACGAGGAACUGAAGACGGAUUGUACGCUAGCUCUAUCUUAUUUUGCCCAGUCUCUUGUCCAGCCAGACAUGGUUCCUCUAGCACUAACCACCAUCAGAGAGGUGACGGUGCUACAGUCUUGGCAUGCCCGGGUAGCCAUCCUCAGCUACGUUCAGGUAAUGGUGUUCUGUAACUACUUCACCUUCCACACACCGGAGCACAUCAAUGAAAUUGAGGAUAUUGUCCUCGGAUUGAUAUGUGAUGACCAGCUUGAGGUGAGAGAGAUGGCCGCCAUUACACUGAGUGGACUGUUACAUUGUGGGUUCCUUCAGAUGAAUCAACACAUGCUGGAUCACUUUGAACAUCUCAGUAGAACAAAAGUGAAAAAGAGGAAGAAGUUGAAAGACAACCUUCCAUUGGAAGCCCUGGUGAAGCGACAUGCUGGAGUCCUGGGCCUGGGAGCUUUUGUACAAGCAUAUCCCUAUGAUGUGCCAAACUUCAUGCCACAGAUACUUAUGGAUCUCAGCAACCAUGUCAACGAUCCGCAGCCUAUACAGAUGACGGUAAAGAAGACCCUGUCAGAUUUUCGUAGGACACAUCAUGACAACUGGCAUGACCACAAACAAAUGUUCACAGAUGAUCAGCUGGUGAUACUCACUGAUCUCCUAGUCUCUCCCACUUACUAUGCUUAAGAAUGUCCAGUCAUUAUCAAGGACCAAUUGGAUGUCAGAGUUCAUAGUUUGGUCAGAGCUCAUAGGACACAAUAUAGUCCCUGAAUCACAGCUGGCUUUAACAGUGUUGACUCUUCCAAUUUGAUGUAGAGAAAAUUAUGGGAACUUCUUUGGGAGGCUUAUCAAGGGUCAUGACCUAAAUCUUUCUUUAAAGGAAUAUGGCCAUGGUCAAAGGUCAUUAAUUGAUACCUAGAAAAAGAAAAGUUCCAAAUGCUUGCACCUGAGUGACCUAUAAAAUUUCUGAUCUAUUUGAUUGAUGUUUGAAGGAAAAUGAGUGGAGAGAGAUGGACUGAAUUAUGGGCUCUUCACAGUUGUUGUACUGAUGAAAGACUGAAUGUAGAAGAGCUGAAAACUUCUUUCGUUCGAUUUUUAAUCGAUCCUAUUGUGAUGAUUUUCCCCAUUCCUUAAUGAGGUUCAAGCAUAUAUGAACCAUAACAAGCUAAAACAUCUAGAUUUAAAAUGUGUGAAGCAUGUGUUGAAAAUUGUUGAAGUUUUGUGAAUUUUAGAAAAUAAGUUGGAGCAUUGCAUGAAAGAUGGAUGUGUGUUAAUUAAUAUCCUUGUUUAACAGUCAUGGGGAAGUAACCCUUGUUAUCAUGAUAAUGAACAUUGGAAAGAAGCCUGGUAAAGCAAGAUAAAUUCUUUCUGUUUAUGUUAAGGGGAGGUAACCCACUUUCAUAAUACUGACUGGUAUAUCUCUUUAAGCAAUGUUAGUCAUAUGCUUUUGGUAUAUGAUUAGGUCUUGGUACUCAUGAAAUAUUUAAAAUCAAAAAAGUGUUUAUUUACUUUCACUGAAAUAAUUUGAUUAGAAAUAUUAACAAAGUACAUUUUUAUAAUUAGAAUAUUGGAAUAAUUUUUGUAAUCAGCAGUUGAUAUAAAGUGUAUGUAUCUACAUUAUAUAAUUUAGAAUAGAAUUAUAAGAAAUAUAAGUACUGAUUAGGUCUAACAUGAUGUUACCACCUAAAUACAUAUUGAAUUCUUUAAAAGGUACGGGGAAAUUUUCUGUUGUGUUUUAGUUUGGUAAUGAUCAUUUCUGUUAAAUGGAAACAAAUUAGAGCAAUUUGUUCAAAGUAAUAAGUUUUGUCUUUAAAUGUCCUUAUUUGCAUGACAUGUGACACAAAUAGACUGCAGUUGCAUGAAUUAAUGAUGGCUGGGUUUUUUUUUUCAAUUAUGUUAACAGAAAACAAAAAUGGUAUUGUUUUGUGUCUUCAGAUCAAUGCUUAAAAUAUUUGUUUUAUUUGUCAUGUUAUGUUGAAACAAAUUAUUUCAUUCUUUACUUUGAUAAUGAUAUAAGGUGAUAUAUAUUCAUCAAUGUAAGACAUGCUCAAGAGGUUUUCAUCCACAACAUUUUAUCUGACAAUUGGCCUGCGGGAUACUAUUGAAAUCUGGGUGAGUGAUAUAGGGCGAGCUAAUUGCAAUUUCAAUAGAAUAACAACGGUUUCAGAUAGGGCUUUUACCAGGCCUCGGCUCGUUAUCACAUUAUACAGUAUUGUAGUUGAUGAAGCUGAUUAAAGUUUUAUCUUGGUCUGUGCUCUUAUUCCAUAAACAUGAUCAUACUUAGCAGUGUAUGGAAUAGGAGCACAGAUCAGGUUAUGAUUUUAAUCAAAUUCGUUGUUAGUGAAAUAUAAACCACAUCUUAAUUUUCUUUUAACCUUUUAUUAAAGAAGGUGCUAUUAAUAUAAGGAAGUUGUUUACAUCACAUGCAAAGAUUUCGAUUUACUUCUUUCAUAAAGUAAUGUGUUCAUAUUUUCAAAAUAUGACCGGUGCUUUUUUCAUUAAAUUAAGUAUAAAUAUUUUAUGCUAUAUAUAGACAAUGAAAUCAAAUGAGAAAUAUAUUUGCAAAACACAUGAUAUGAUAGUGCCAGUUCAUAUAUGUUUUAAAUCUGGAAUUUAUUAAGCACUGUUUGGGGAAGAACUAUGUUAAAGAUAUCAGGGUAGUUCUGUUAUCCUUAGUACAACUUAAGAUAUGUUAUUCAGUUAAUCACAAUGUUGUGUACUUUUGUUUGUUAUAUUAUUUAUUUUUUCUUCUCUUCAUUUAUUCUUUAUUUUAAUACAAUAGUAAGUUGAUAUUUUACUUUUUAAAUAUAAUUUUUAUCAAUUUAAGGUAAUUCAGGGGGCGACACCUUCAGGUUAAAAGAUUGAAAUUAAUGUGUAAUGGUCAUAGUGAAGAUACUGGCAGGUUUUCCAGAUGAAAAAGUUGUCGUUUUGAUUUUAUGGAAGAAAAUUUUCUAAUGUAUUCAGGUUUUAUACUUGCUGUAGUGACAAUGGGCAAAAUGUAAAUUCAAAUACGAAAAUUACAGCUAUCUUUGUCAAAUUCUAUUUCUAUUUAUGUUGUUUUUUUUUUAUUGACUUCGGUUUUUUUUUCUUCGCAAAAAGCAAUCCAUUAUUGGUAUGUUAGAAGAUUAGUUCACCAUUUGCCUUAUUAGUUUAAAAUUAUCCAGUUCAGAAAUCAAGCUUUCCUGAUCAAAGUUUCCUUAUUGCAUUUUUAAUUAAAAUUUCUUUUGAUACAAUUGUCUUAGGUAAAAGUCUUUGAUGGGAAAUUGUCUGAACCAUAUAUGUUUAAUUCAAUAAACAGUUUUUAGUUCCAAAAAGUAUAAAAAUUUGAGGAAAUAUUACUUUACUGUACAAAAUAAGGGUUUUUUGUUUCCAUGGUGUCUGAAAUGUUCUUUUGUAUAAAUGUAAACAUAAGUACAAAAGCUCUAUGGUGUCAAAUUAAUCUGAUAUUGUGUCAAAUAUGAUCCCUGUAAAAUAUUAUGUAAAUAAAUCAAUUUCAAAUUUG